UGCUGAACACCUAGUUGCACAACACAGUGCCAUUAAAAUGUUGCACUCGAGAGUUAAACUUGUUUUGAGGUACGUCCAAGCAGUUGAAAGCGGAGAAUUACAAGGAAAUCAUGAAGUUCUAAGAGCAGCUUGCUCAUUGGGCCAUCGAUUACCAGUUCUCAAUAGUCCCAAAUUUAAAGCGGAUUUCUAUAACCAAUGCAAUGACUUUGGCCUGAUGACCUACCUCGGCAUAAUUACCAAAGGAUGCAACGACUCAAAUCAGUUUGUAAACAAAUUCAACAUCCUCUACGAUAGGCAAGGAUUCGCCCGUCGCCUAAGAAGUCUUUUCUUUUCGUGAUUGGCCACAUAUUUUGCUUUUUAUACCCGCUUCGUUUUUGUACUAUAAGCCAGCCCUCAGGUACAUUUUUAAGUCAACGUUUGACAUUACUUUGGAGGGCUAUUGUCCACGAUUUAGAGAAGCCUGACGUCGCUAGGUUUUUAAGGAAAUAAAAAGUAUCUUCGUGAGUUAA